AUGAGCAGGCUUAUUCUGGUGCUGGCCGUCGUAUCUUUGACAGUUUAUGGGCAGAAUGGUCGAAGAACAGAGGUAGGGUGGUGAUUUAUGUUAUUGUUGAUGUAAUGAGUAAAUUUCUGAUGGCAUCUUUUGAUUAUUUGCAAAGAAAUAUUCCGAGAGGUAUUUUUGCAUACUUUAAACCCAAAAGAACAGUGAUUUAGACAUUCAUUUCCUUUUAAUGAUUUUUUUUCCAUCAGACCUAGUAUAAUACCAAAAUUUUCAGCCCAAUUCGUUCAGCAAGUACGUUGAGUACGCUGAGACACCAUUCCGUCGUCCUUCCUACUUCUCCGUCCCCUUCAGAGCCCCACCUUUAUACAAUCUGAACUACAUUUCCAAUGACAUGUUCGCCCAUUUAAUCCGAGAGCACAUGCGACAUCAGCAGCGUUUAAGAUUGGCCCAACUACAACAGCAGCAAGAACAACAGAAUCGUUUUGGAGAUGAGCCAAUAUUAAAGGGGGUUUCUCAUAUAACGGAGUUGCGACAGACCCCCUUCAGAAGAUGGUCACAUAAUUCGACAGCCAUGACUUAUGAAGAGAAAAGGAAAUUGUGGAAAGAUGGGAUAAAAAAGAAGCUCAGAGAUGGGAAGAUACCGGCAAGACAAGUGGGAGACGGACGUAAUCAACAACAGAUUGAUGGGAUUAACACAGCUGGAAGAUAUUACAUUACUUAUAGUCCCACAAACAGGGUCUACCAAGUGUCAAGAAGACCUCCACCGUUGGUUACGAGCAGUGGGUCGGAGGGAGUGAUGUGAGUUCUACAUUUUACAUGGUUUUUAGGAAAUGGGAUACUUGUAAAAUUCGGGCCCUAAUUUUUCUACUUCUUACCGUCAUCUUUAAACUGAGAUUUUGAUGGUAUUUUUAUGGUAUUUUUUUGGAUCGUUAAUCUCUAAAAGCCCAGAAAUUAACCUCUGCACCUUGAUUCUUACAUUGUUAGUUGCAAAUUUAUCACUCUUUAAUAAUUUUUAUAUUUUCAUGCCUUCCAGAGACACAACAACAAGCACCACUACUUCCACCACAACUACAACCACACCUCCCCCUAUUGUUAUUACUCAUACCGCCGAACCAGUGGACCGGGGAUUCUCCGAGACCAUCAAAGUCAAAGCAACCAAGCCAAAAGUUCCAGAAGUCCCGGCAAAACAAAUGCUUAACCUUGAUUAUUAUGAUGAUGACUUUGAGGAUGAUGAAGAAACUACUACCACAACUACUACGACUACUACUACAACAACUACUACCACAAUUCCGACGACUACAACUACUACAACGACUACACCAAGACCACCGAGUUUGGUUUAUCCCGUCUCAACGAGAUGUAAGUGAUAUUGCAAAGGCAAUUGUAGGAAAUUUUAAUUUUUUUCUACGGUAUUUUGAGAUUCUUUAAAGCAAAGUUUUUGAACGAAAAUUGUAUAAAAAAUUGAUGCACAGUGUAAUUUUUUUACAUUUUUUUGGAGGUUUUGCAAUUUUAUUUUUUUUGUUACAGUACCCGUUCCCUACGGUCGCUCCGAUCCCCGUCAGCCCCCUCCGACCACUCCUUCUCCAACUCCCCCUCCAGUGAAAGGAAAGUCCUUGUUCGAUAUGGACGAUGAUUACGAUGAUGAAGAUGAGGAAGAAGAUGACGACCAAUUCUUUUUCUUCAAACCCAAAGGCUUCGAACCGCCAGAAGAUCCCUUCAAAAUUGUGGUUCAUGACCCGAAACGCAAAAGAACUUGA